UCGAUUGAACCAUUGACUCGACUCGAGCAUCACAUGUGGAGGAGCUGAAGCCGCUUUCUUUCAUUCACUCUGAUCUGAUGAAGUGAUUAAAAUCUCCUGAACUCAGUGAUGGAGACUGAAGCCGACACAGCAAAGUUCUUCUGGUCUGAGGUGGAUGUUGAUGGAGUGUUUGAUGAGCUGAUGGAGGUGCUGAAACACUUACGACACACAAUCAGAGAUAACACUGCUACAGACAGAGAGUAUGUUCAGGCCAUGAAGAUCGUCCAGGAGUCUAAACUGACCCUCAUGAGGACUGAAGCCACUGAAGAUGUGCUGUUGGAUGAAGACAUCCUCACUGUGACAGUGUCUGAGCCUCAGUGUUCUCCUAAGAGUCUGCAGAACGGCAUGCAGCCGGAGGAUCCUGAGCACAGCACCACCCGGCUCUAUAGUGAUGUGGGCGUAGGCUACAGUCAGAUGUCCUCCUCCAGCAGGUCUGAUCCCGCAGCUCCUCUCGUCUUCCAGCCGCACGACUGCAGCGCUGCGUGUGUUCCGCAUCUGCCCGCACACACACACCACCUGCUGGGCCACAACCCGCUGCGCGCGCCGCUGCUCUGCCACUUCCAGCGCGUGUGUGAGGACGGCGGCGUGCUUUAUAAAGCGCCGUGUGGGCGGAGUCUGAGCUGCAUGCAGGAGGUGCUGCGCUUCCUGCUGCAGUCUCAGAGUGUGUGUGUGCUGCAGACGGAGAACUUCAGCUUCAGCGCGCAGGUGUGUGUGGAGCGGCAGGUGUGUGUGGCGCCGCUGCUGGAGCGGGACCUGAGCCGCGGGCUGGAGCCGGCGCCGGUGGCUCUGGUGAACACUGUGGACGGCGCGCGGCCGCUGGAGUUCCGGUACCGGAGAGAGCGCUGGCCACACGGCUGCUUCCUCAGCGCAGAGCCGCUCUUCAGUGUGUGCUGCGACUGCACCGACGGCUGCACUGAUGCGCACAGCUGCGCGUGUGUGAGGAGGACAGCAGGAGGAGCGUACACACACCAGCGCCUCACACACGCACUGCGCACAGGGUUGUUUGAGUGCGGGCCGUGGUGCGGGUGUGAGCGCAGCCGCUGUGAGAACCGUGUGGUGCAGAAGGGUUUGCGUGUGCGUCUGCAGGUCUUCCGCACACCGGAGCGCAGGUGGGCCGUCCGUUGCCGUGACGACCUCGACGCCGGCACCUUCAUUUGCAUAUACGCAGGUGUAGUCCUGCGUCUGCAGCAGAGUUCGGAGUGUCCAGCAGAGCGCAGCGGUGAGCCGGCCGUGUCUGAUGAUGAGGUGCAGCUGGUGGAGGAGUGGAGGAUUCCUGAGGAGACGCGCACACACACACACACACUCGACAGCUCACCGCCGCUGCACGUGCCGGUCAUACAGAGACCUGCAGACCACAGUCCAGCUCAGCGCAGGGAUCAGCAGCAGUUCAGCGUCAGCAGUGAGACGGAGGACGAUCAGUGUGAGCAGGCGUUGAGAAAGAAGCCCAGAUUAAUGGUGUCAAAUGGUCUGCAGGACAGCAGGACACACACUCGCACACACACACAUGACGGAGUGUAUUAUCUGGACGCGUCGAGGGAAGGAAACGUGGCUCGAUUCUUCACCCACAGCGAUGAUCCAAACCUCUUCAUCCAGAACGUGUUCACAGACACACACGACCCACAGUUCCCUCUGAUCGCCUUCUUCACCCGCAGACCAGUGAAAGCUGGAACUGAACUGACCUGGAGCCAGCAGAACACAGAAGAGAAACACUGCAGUGUGUAGGAGAACACACACACACACCAGGAGGAAACACAGCUCUGUGUGUAAGAGAGAGAGAGAGUGCAUGUGUGUGUGUCAGCAGCAGCUCAGUGUUAAUGUGUGUGUGCUGCUGUUUUCUGACACACACCUUCACUGAUUUUCUCAGCUACUCAAAAGAUCUUUGACAAUAAAGAGACGAGUUAUUUA